AUGAGUCAACACUUAGCCAAAGAUAGUGCGGUCUGGAACAGAUUGAUGCAUGGCAUCUCGUGGCAGCCAUCCGUGCAGCCGGACAAGCAAAGUGAGAAAGAGUUGAUUAGUGACGAGAAAUGUAUUCAUAACGAGGCCCCUCGCGUCAAAGACAGCAAAAAGGGAGUUGUUAUGAAGCUCUUGGGAUUUUUUGCUUUCAUGGCAUUUCUUCUCUCUCAGGCUGGCUUCAAUUUUGGACAAUUAUGUUUGCCCAAGAAUUACACGGGGCCUGUCACAUUGAAAAACUACGGAGGCUUCAUUGACGUCAAUUCUUUCCAAAUCGAGAAUGCUGAACCCAGGGAGAUUUUCGAAGUUUCUUAUCCAUUCGUGCCUAAGGCUAACUAUGGAAAGCCUGUGUAUUCUAGCGUCUUGAUCGACCACGAAUUUGACUCAUGGGGGCACCCUAACUUGAGAAAUUUUUCUGCCCCAAAGGAUAUCAAAUACAACAAAGUGGUUUUAACUCUCAAUACUUCCGUUAGUGGCGUCCAAUAUGACCGCUUGGCACAUCUUUACGUCGGUGGUGCAGAAAUCUGGAGAACCUCCACCGUUGAGCCAGGCAAUAUGUCCGUAUUUUCCACUCACAGGAAAGAUGUCUCGCAGUAUGCCCAAUUAUUUCACGAAGAUACAGAUGUUCUUUUCCAAUUGGACAACUUGGUAGGCAGCACGUUGACGGGUGUUUUCCAUGUUCAGUUGUAUGCUGACUUUUACUGGAGCGAGAGCUUCCGCUCUGACCCAGACCAUGAUGUCGGAAACUCCACGUAUCUUAACGAAACAUACAAAUACUUCGAAACUCGAAAAGCAGCCGACAAAGUUUACACGUUGGUGGAAAGCAAUGACACAGAGUACCCGCCUAUUAAGCAUCUACCAUACCAGGAUUUUUCAGUAUCACUUCCAAAAGUUUCUCAUAACACCACUCGCUUGAAGUUGGCUGUUUUCGCAAGCGGUAAUUCGCAUGAAGAAUUUUGGUACAACAGUGUCUUAGACAAAUACACUCAUCGCUUCGAGAGAGAUGGUACAGUUUUCCAUGGUCAUGGGCCUCUCAGAUUUGUCAACGUAUGGGUAGACGGCAAAAAGGUGGCCUCGCAAACCCCACAACCAUUUAUCUUCACAGGUGGGUUCUCUCCCGCCUUGUGGAACUCUGUGGUUCCUGUGGAUGCAUUUGAUAUGCCAAGCAUGGAUCUUGAUAUUUCUGGUUUGUUGCCUCUCCUUUGGGACUCUCAGCCCCAUGAGCUAAAAAUUCUGGUUGACAACGGCUUGGACGAAGUCAAGGGAGAGACAUCCGGCAUUGGCAAUGAUUGGAUCAUCAGCGCAAACUUAUUGGCAUACGAGAAUUCCGAGAUCCUGCUGUCAUCGGGUGAAAUCCUCAAGAUUGAUGACCAAAAGAAGGCCCAUUCUUUCGGAAUCUCUUUGCCAUACACUUCAUCCUUGCAACAAGUGGCCGGGGGUGAGUUUGGAGCCGAAAUCACCAGUUCUUUUGUUUACAACUUGAAAAACGGCGUUGUGUUAAACAAUACGAUGACCUCCAUUUCUAAGGGUGACGUCUCCAGUGUUCAACUAUACAGCAGACUGGGUAAGUCUGCAAAAAUCGUUCACGUUGGUAAGUCAUUCAAGUCAUUCUUCUUGAUGGACAACACCAAUGAUGAGCUUAUCCAUCAAACCGAUCUUCUUUUCAAGUACCCGUUGACGCUCAUUCAAUCUGAGGAUAUUGUUGGAGAAGGUACUGACUUGAAUGUUCAUCUUGUGCAUGGCAAGGAGACUACCCUCAAGAUCAACGAUAAUACGGUGAUGGAUGAGAGCAACUUCCAAAACGGUACAUCUACAUAUCAUCUCCGUGAUACUGGUAACCACGGAACUGGUUCUUUGUUCACCAAAUUCAAGUCAGUCGUUUUGAGACCAACUCACAAGUUCGUGUACAAGAGAUUUGUGGCGGCCGAGGAGGGUAAAAUUACAAAAGACAAGGCUUCCUUCAAGGACCAUGACAAGAAGCACCACGAU